AAUCGGGAUGGGGGAUGGGGGAUGGGGUGGGGUAAAGACAACACGCAAAAGUAAAAGGGGAGGGGACGAUAUCGUUAGACACGGCUGUACCGCUGCGAUUGGUACGUACCGUGUUGUGUCGCGAGAGCGAGUCGGCCCUGCAGCGAGCGACGGUGGGUGGUCGACAGGGCGGGCCGUCGGGAGCGUUGAAAAAGGCAGGCGAGUCCGGGGCCCGGACGGGGCAGCAGCGAAUCCGCGAAUCAGCGAUGGUGGCAAGAGCACAAUCUUCGCGGGCGCGGUGAGGUGUCGUCGAUGGGUAGAUUGCGUCCGGAGCCCAGACACAAGACUCGAGUCGGCCGCGAGUGAGUCGAGGGUGGGAGGACAGGACGUCCGGAGACCGGACUCCGGGAGCAGCAGCAGCAGCAGCGGACGGGGAGAGGAGUGCAGCAGCAGGGCGGAGGGCAGGAGGGCCGGAGGGUUGGAGAUACAUUGGACGGCGGCUGGCUGCAGCAGGAGACGCGGACGCGGACGCACGCACGCGGGGCCGAGACCAGGAGAGAGGGGAGGAGGCGAGGAGGAGAGACGGGCGAAAAGAUGGGGCAAAUGUUCAAGGAGUAUUUGACAGGACCACGGAUUUAUUGCUGCAGGAAUUGUCGGGCUCAUUCCGCAGACCACGAGCAGAUCUACUCCAAGACCUUCAAGGGCCGCUAUGGCCGUGCUUAUUUGUUCAAUCAUGUGGUGAAUGUGUGUUUGGGCCCGAGGGAAGAUCGGCUGCUAAACACGGGCUUGCACACGGUGGCGGACAUCUACUGCAACAACUGCCAUCAAGUUCUAGGUUGGAAAUACGAGCAAGCGAUGGAAAAGAAGGAGAAGUACAAGGAAGGCAAGUACAUAAUUGAGAAAACCAAAAUGACCAAAGAAAGUUGGUAGUCCAUGACCGCUGAUACCAAGAUAGGUUGUAGAAAGAAUCAAUACAGCAGGGCUGUUAUGUACAAAUAUUUCAGGCUUUUCAUUAGCCAGGCCCUGUUGUCGACCAAAAUUUGGUUCUGACAAGAUUCUGACGGGUCACAAGUUUGUCAAGAGAUGACGUUGAGUCAAGUCAUACUGGGGUUCAAUUGCCCCUUUCAAAACAGAUCAGUAUCCUGGAGCAAUGUGUGUCAAGGCUGGACGGUGUACGUGCCUCAGAUUUCUUAGAUUCGAGACCUCUGUUUGUGGUCUGAUAAUCAGGUGUAGUUCAACAAUUGUCGCUGUUUGUAUUCCUUGGAGGAUAAAUGUAAGGAGGCCAGUAUAGGUUGAAAUAACAGUUUGCUUCUCGCAGAGCUGAUGAGCCCGUACUAAUCAAACGACUCUGGACUGGGGACGAGUCAGGAUGUGAUGAUUUUGAAAGAAUUGCAUUCGUUCGGUGGUUAGUACGGACCGGGGUUCUUCGAAGAAACUGAAGGUCACUUACCACUUCAUGUACUCCAGUCUUAUCUUCGUUUCUGUUUAUGUGCUCUAUGCCUCCUAAAUGACCUUUUCAUGUGGACGUAUAUAGCACGUAGGUAUACUAUCUUGUACAGGUAGUAGGUUUCCACGGGCUCUCAGAUCAAGUCUUCAGAUGUUAUUGUCUUGCGCUGUCGCGCAUUUUCUCCUGCCAAUGUAAAAUGAGGUUCUUACUUCGGAUAAACCCUCUCUCUCGACUUUCUUUGG